UUCUCAGUCUCCCAGACUCAGCUGACCCCUGACUUUGGGGGCCAGGAGAUAGCCAAGAUGCUCAACUGGAAACUCCUGGGGAUCUUGGUCCUUUGCUUGUUUGCUGGAGGCAUCUCAGGCAGUGGAGACGACCCUUCUCCCUCAUCCAGAGAGAUCUCAGAGGAGGAGGGCCCUCCACCAUUGCCUCAGGGCCCCCCAAUCCCUGGUGACCCCUGGCCAGGGGCACCCCCUCUCUUUGAGGAUCCUCCACCUCCAGGCCCCAGUCGUCCCUGGAGAGACCUGCCUGAUUCUGGAGUCUGGCCUCCUGAAUCCCCUAGAACUGAUCCCCCUCAACCUCCUCGGCCUGACGACCCCUGGCCCGCAGGACCCCAGCCUCCAGAAAACCCCUGGCCACCUGCCCCUGAGGUGGACCACGGAUCUCACGAAGAGCCAGACCUUGACCCACCCAGGGAGGAGUACAGAUAACUGCGCCGCCAGAGGCAUCCUGGACCCCUGCUCUCAAACCCAUCUCCACUCUUCUGAUUCCCCUCGAAUUCUCCACAAUUUAGCUUAACUCCUUAAUUCCUUUCCUCAUUCCUUCAGUUUUAUUCUGAAGAUGUUGUCCAUAUUUUCUGCCCCCUCUUGAGAUGGGUAUUUAAGCCCACUUUCCCUCUCCUUUUUUCUCUGAGAGCAGAACAUCCCUACCCCCACCUCCCACCUCCUCUUCCCCAACCCUGGAACUCAGGGGCAGGGCUGGCAGCACUAUGUUCUCUCUGCUGCCACCUGGUGGCCAACCAUUGGGAACUAUCAGGAGCCGUGGUGCUUCCAUGAAGUGGAAAAAUUUAAAAACCAUGUUUUCUUAA